CUCCGUCUAAUCUGCGAGAGGCUCCGCCCCCUUCUCCUCCCCCUCCCUGUGACAGCAUCCAAACACAGUGUGCUGCCUCUGCUCUGGGGAGAAUCUCAGCUCUGCAGCGGCAGGAGAGGAUUAGAGCAUCACGUCGGCGUACAAGCUCCAGCAGAGAGCUCAUCCUGAUCCACCCCUCUGGGUCUCUCUCUCACGCUUCCCUUCAGUCUGACCCGGACCAUGGAGCCGCUCACACUUUAAGCUGACCCACAGCUGAAGGAUGCCGUCUAAAGAGUCGUGCGAGGACGAGAAGUCUCUGGUCCAGAAGCGAGAGGCCAACCAGGAGGAGAUCUUGGCAGCAGCUCUGGGAAUGAGGAUGGGGCCACAGAAGCCCCCCGCUGCAUUCUGGCAGCCGCUCAAGCUCUUCGCCUACUCACAGCUCACAUCCCUGCUCCGCCGAGCCUCGCUGAAGGACAGCGACCGCACGCCCAGAUCCCAGAAAGUCCACAACUUCAAGGUCCACACGUUCCGGGGCCCUCACUGGUGUGAACACUGCGCCAGCUUCAUGUGGGGACUGAUGGCUCAGGGCCUGAAGUGUGCAGACUGCGGCAUGAACGUCCACCGGCAGUGUAGCGCUCUGGUGCCCGACGACUGCAAACCCAACCUGAGACACAUCCGGAAGGUCUACAGCUGCGACCUGACCACGCUGGUCCAGGCCUGCAACACGGCCAGACCCAUGGUGGUGGACAUGUGCAUCCGCGAGAUCGAGUCCAGAGGACUCAAGUCGGAGGGUCUCUACCGAGUGUCUGGAUUCAGCGAUUCAGUGGAGGAAGUCAAGACGGCCUUCGACAAAGCCGGAGAGAAGACCGACAUCACCGUCAAAGCCUACGAGGACAUCAACAUCAUCACCGGCGCCCUCAAGCUCUAUCUCAGGGACCUGCCUGUUCCCAUCAUCUCCUACGACGCCUACCCUCGCCUCAUCGAGGCUGCCAAACUCUCAGACCCGGAGAAGAAGCUGGAGGCCUUCCGCGAGUCCCUGGCUCUGUUGCCGCCGUCCCACAGCGAAACCCUCAAGUAUCUGAUGGCUCAUCUCAAAAGGGUCACGCAGAACGAGAAGUUCAACCUGAUGAGCGCCGAGAACCUGGCCAUCGUCUUCGGCCCCACCCUCAUGCGGGCCCCCAGCUGUGACGCCAUGACGGCACUGAACGACAUCCGCUACCAGAGGCAAGUGGUGGAGGUGCUGAUCAAGCACGAGGACGUGCUCUUCUGAGGAGGAGCUCUGAACCUGCUUCUGUGGAGGAGAGCUUUUUCCCCCCCAGAUGCUCGGCCGGUCUCCUCUCAGGCACCCGGUGUGGAUGAUCCAUCCUCGUAUUCCUCGUCUCCCCAUUUUUGUCGGGGGAUCUCCAGGAGCUGACGGACCAGCAUGCACGGUGCCAGGCGUCAUGUGACCCAGCAUGUGGAGAGAGAGUAGUCUGUAGUUCGAGUCCAGCUCCCUGCCGCACAUUUCUUUCUGUGAAACUUGGAAACGCUGGAUGUUUACAAUAAGCUACUGAUAUUUUGGCCACUUUUUACGAUGCUGUAUUUUUUCAACAGUUUUUAAAUGUUAGUGGGCCGAGCCUUUGUAACUCUCCCGUCGGAUCUUAACAUUUUCACUGUGCUUAGACGCGGCGUCGAUUGUGACCUUCGUUUUUUAAUGUUUUGUAUAAAACCUGUGCAUGACCACUUUAAUUUAUUCAACUUCUUUUUGAGGACAAUAAAUGUAUGUUUCGACCAUCAGCUGCUCUCUGUCUCCGAACGCCUCCACGUUCAUCCCUGAUCCGGCCUCAGUCGCAUCUGACUCCUGAGUCUCGAUGGCAGUGGCCACUUGUGUCCUGUGAAGCUGCUCAUCGCGGUCAUCUCCACCCUGCCUGCACUCUCUUCUUCACCUCCUUCAACUCUGUCCACGCUUGACCCUUGUUCUCUACCGCUACUUCCUCUGAUACUUCCGCCUUACUCUCACCACAAAACUUGGCAGAAGCUGAGAUUGUCAGGGUCAAAGGUCACGAGUGGCAGUUUUCUUAGUGGAAUGUUCCGCUUUGAUGUCACAGCUUGAAAACGGUUCGAGGUAAAGGCAGACUGUCAAUGAGAAAUGUCUUCAGAGUUUGGGG